AUGUGCCAUGCCCAAUUCCAUUUCAAAGUAGUUCUUAGGCACAUUCAAAGGCUAAACGAUGACCGAUGGACGAAGACAAUAAUAGAAUGGAGACCAAGACAUGAUGCAUUCAGGAGCAGAGGCCGUCCUCCAACCAUGACGACUUCCACAGGAGAGAUAACGAUAAUAAUUGGAGACUUCAAUGCCAAAAUUGGCCGUGGUGUUGAGGGAGAUAGCAUAGGGGCAUACGGUCUGGGCGAAAGGAACGGUAGGGGAGAUAGACUUGUGCAAUUCUGUGUAGAGAAUAACCUCUUAAUCGCUAACACCUUUUUUAAACAGCACCCCAGAAGACUGUACACCUGGAGGUCACCUGCAGAUAGGGAGAAAAAAAUUGUCAGGAAUCAGAUUGAUUUCAUUUUGCUCGGCCUAAGCUUCAAAAGGUAUAUGAAGUCAACAAGAACCUACCCUGGAGCAGACAUCGGCAGUGACCACAACCCUGUCGUGCUGGACUUUAGGCUCAAGAGAUUCUUGAGAGUUAAAAGAGAAAAAACGGCAAAGAAAAUAGACAUCGCACUAUUGAACAACCCUGAGAAAAAGAAAGAGAUCAGUUCUAAGAUCGAAAAAGAACUAGAAAUGGUAGAGGUACCUGUACGGGAAGAGGAUGUCGAAAAGACAUGGAAUUAUUUAAGAACUAGAAUAACAAAUAUCCAGGAAAAAGAUAUUGGAUUCACGGCAACCAACAAAAAGCAGGAAUGGAUGACAAAGGAAAUACUAGACCUCAUGGAUGACAGACGGAAGCAGAAGGCAAACCCGAUAGAAUACAAACGUUUAAAUGGGAUCAUUAGGAAAAAGUGCCGGGAAGAGAAAGAGAUCUGGAUGUCAACAAAAUGUCAAGAAAUAGAGCAACUACAAGCAAAACACAGAAAAUACCAAGAAACAAUCCUAAGAAACGAUAACAACGAGAUAAUUCUAGGAGUAAAGGCUAAGCUUGUGAGAUGGAAAGAAUAUAUCGAAACACUUUUUAAUGAUGACAGUCCCUGUUUCCCACCACCGAUAGAUCACAUAUUGAAUGAAAAGGCUCCAGCAAUAACCAAAGACGAAGUUGUUCAUGCAAUAAAAGCGCAGAAAAGCGGAAAAGCUACCGGUCCCGAUAAAAUAAACGUUGAAAUACUUAAACUCAUUGCAGAUAACGAAAGCAGAAGUCUAGAUUUGGUAACAGCAUUAUUUAACAAAUUAUAUAGCUCAAGCAAAAUACCGUCAGAUUGGCUUAAAUCAACAUUCGUAACCCUGCCAAAGAAACCCAACGCCUGA